UUCAACCAAAAGUGACAGCGACUGGCCAUGUGAAAACAACCGAAGGACUCAAAGGGAAACUAAGAUCACCGGAAUCAGCCGAAUAUCCUCAACACAGCUGCCCGUGAAAGACGUCUCAGACUGGGAUUUCAUUUUUGUGUGAUUGUCAGUUCAGUUCAGUUCAGUUAUUUGGAUUUGUAUGUCCGGACAGCUUUGGCCGGUAAAGUUGACAGGACUAUUAAAUUAUAUAUAGGCGGGUACAUAAGUUCAAUGACAAGAAAUUGCGUAGUUGAAACAAAUGUACUUGGUGUUAUAAGCUAUAGUGUAGACACAGUGGAAUUACUGUGAGGAGUCCUUACAGGCUCUUCGGUGCCCAGGACAGCCAGACGUACCAGAGGAUUCCUCAGCUUUACGCAGUCACCGGAGGGCAGCGGGAGUCAUCGCUUUACUUACGUUGAAUUACUCGCGCUUUCUCUUCCUUGAGCACCGCUGGUGACAACAAGCGGGUGUGUGAACAUGCUACAAAAUGGAAAUGGAAAGGAUCAACCGCUGCAAGCGCCAAAGGCUGAGGCAGAACCGGACUCCCCGGCUGAAGACGCGAAACAGCAGCAGCAGCCCGAUCUCAUCGCUGCUGACAGAAAGGACGCGGACACCACUGAGUCCACUCACUUCCCCAUGCCCGCUUACCCCAAACUGGAGAUAAAACGCCACGCAGUGACGGACGAUUAUAAAAUCUCCAGUCAGGUUCUGGGUUUAGGGAUAAAUGGCAAAGUCCUUGAGUGCUUCAAUAAGAAGACAGGAGAGAAGUGCGCGCUGAAGAUUCUGUACGACAGCCCCAAAGCCAGAAGAGAAGUGGAGCUUCACUGGCGAGUUUCAGGAGGACCGUACAUUGUUCGCAUCCUCAACCUGUACGAAAACAUGCACCACGGGAAGAAAUGCCUGCUUAUCAUCAUGGAGUGUAUGGAGGGAGGAGAGCUGUUCAGCCGAAUCCAGGCCAGAGGAGACCAGGCCUUCACUGAGAAAGAGGCAUCUGAGAUUAUGAGGGACAUCGGCACGGCCAUUGAGUUUCUCCACAAUAUUAACAUCGCGCACAGAGACAUUAAGCCAGAGAAUCUGCUGUACACCACUAAACAGAGGAACGGAGUCCUCAAACUGACAGACUUUGGCUUUGCUAAGGAAACCACACUACACAACCCUCUGCAGACCCCCUGUUAUACACCGUACUAUGUGGCUCCUGAGGUUUUGGGUCCUGAGAAAUAUGACAAGUCAUGUGACAUGUGGUCUCUGGGCGUCAUCAUGUACAUCCUGUUGUGUGGCUUUCCUCCAUUUUAUUCCAACACGGGCCAGGCCAUUUCACCAGGGAUGAAGAGGAGGAUCAGGAUGGGCCAGUACGAGUUCCCCAACCCCGAGUGGGCUGAGGUGUCACAGGAAGCAAAAGAUCUGAUCCACCAGCUGCUGAAGACAGACCCUAAUGAGAGGAUGACCAUCACUCAGUUCAUGAACCACCCCUGGAUCAAUCAGUCCAUGGUGGUUCCCUCCACCCCGCUCCACACCACCCGGGUCCUGACUGAAGACAGAGAGAUGUGGGAGGACGUGAAGGAAGAGAUGACCAGCGCCUUAGCGACCAUGCGUGUGGACUACGACCAGGUGAAGAUCAAGGAUCUUGACACGUCGAGCAACCCCCUGCUCAACAAGAGACGUAAAAAAGCUGCCGCGGGGGCCAAGAGCGGGUCCACUGUCUGCCAAAGUCAGUGAGACACAGACAACCAUGAAAGGAAAAUCCAGACAGAACAGCCAAUGGUGAAGAGAAGCAGCUUAGAAGAGGGAGGAACAGUUGAUUUAAGCAGGAGAGGAUCAUUUAGAGAGCGGCUCGGGACUCUUGAGAGACUGGGCGUGUAGGGCACACUCUCUGAAAUAAAAGGACAGUAUAAAAACAACAGCUACAUCUACACUGAACAUUUGUAGGACAUAUCAAAACAUGAAAUUGCCUGUGUCGCCUGCCACUGGUAGAAAUAACAGCUCUGCUCAGUGCAGGCCUAUAUGUUUUUAAGUAUUUUAUGUAUGUAAUUUUUAGAUCCUGGCUGCAGACAUCAAGUAUUGUCAAGUAUUUGUAGUGAUAAUAUUUUGUGUAUUUGAAUGCUGGGUUGCCUGUUUGAGGUCUCCUUUGUAACUAUGCACCAGUGUGCAGAUCACACACACAGACGGACAAGCCAGCUGUGGAAAGACUGUGAAACUAGAGCACUCAAUAUUACCUGUGUUGUCUUAAUAUUGUCUGUAUUUUGCUCUUUCCUUUCAGGGAUUAAAGCAAAGUCUGACAGUGA